AUGCACUUCAUGUACAUGAGUCGCGGCACCAAGAAGGUUUUCCACGUGAUGUUGCUGGUGUCAACGCUGUUGCAGCUGCCAGAGGCUAUCGAGUGGAUCUGGUAUCCGCUGUUGCAGACAUGGAAGGCCAUUUACGUCUGUCGCGUCUACUCUUUACUCCUGUUGUACUUUUUUAAUUCAUACCUAGCUAUCUGCUGGGUCGGUGUGGUGUCGGCAGGUCAGCGACUGGCACGGCGACGCAUUUCUAAGCUGGUCGCUGUACUCAAUAUGCUGUUAGUGCUGUGGGGUGUGCUGGUGCCCAUCUUACUGUCCAGAUAUACUGACGACGCGUGUGACUAUCGUGCUGCGUACGGCGUUCUGCUGGGUUACCAAGGCUUUCGUUUGCGUCGUCGUCUCCUGCUUGCGCACGGUACCGUUACCGCUGCCAGCGUCGAAAAGUCUCUCAAACAGCUCAUGCUUGCCAUCUUUAUCUUCGUUGUGUUGGGCGUGAUUCGCUUAAUCGCACUAGUGCUCAAUGAGUCUACUGCUGCGAUGUCCAUGUUUAUGUAUCUCAUCUUGUGCAACAUUAGUCCGAACGUCUUCCCAACCAUCUGCAUGCUAUACCUCAUGAGAAGAAUCACAGGCAGAGGUAGCGACGACACAGAAGUCAACCACAUGAAAAAACUUGGCGACAAGCACACGCUCUCAAAAUACAUGACUGAUCCUGACUCUGACGAAAGUAGCAGAGGAAGCACUGAGCGCGACAAGGGUACUCGUACCAAUGACGAAAACGCCAUUGUUACAGUGCAAUGGCAACUGAAGAUCCAUCAACAAAAUCUGCACCAAGACGACCAGGCACAGAGUGAUAGGGAAGCACAACAGUCUCCGUCGUUCUUCUGGAUCCGCGAAUCCAUGGAGCUCCGCUGA